AUGUACGAACGUACUCUUCUCCAGCCAAAACUUGAAAGUAAAAUAUCUCAUCAACAGACUGACGGAAAUCAAAAAUUUCAACACCAAAAUUUAUUUUGAGUGUCUUACGCUAGAUUGAUUACUCUAGAUAGGUUUAAAAUAUUAUAUAAAACAAGUAAUUGUAAAUUUAUAAAAUAUUUUGUGUUAGACGGCGAUGAUACUGGUGACACCAGAGAUGAAAAAAAAGACUUUUGUCGGGCAGGCGGAGGUGACAAUAUAAACCCGAAAUACGUAUUUGGUAAAAUAUUUUAUUGACGUAAAUUUAAGUGUAAAUAGUGUAUAAUGUAUGUUCAUUAAUGCCAUCGAUACAUCUAAUUAAAACACGAAAAAAUGAUAAUUUGUCUAUACCACGGUUGUCCAAUUUAUUUUGGAAGCGGGCUAUAAUUUAAAUUAUAUUUAACUGGUGGGUGAUCUUAUUAACAAGACCUGCUUACACAUAUAAUUCUUCUAUACAUAUUAAUUAAAUAAAGUUUAAAAAAUAAACUAUUUGUAUACAUUUUAUUAUUAGUUAUAAAUAAAAUAAAAUUAUUAAUAAAAAAUUAAUAUUUUAAUGCUAAAAAAAUAAUAUAAAUGACAAUAGUUACAUUUUAGGAUGCCUCUAUUAUUUAAUUUAAGCACCUGUGUAAAUUACGUACCGAAUUUGUUUUGUUAUAGAGUAACAAUAAUUAAAUAACUAUAGGUAUGUUUUAUUUUUACUUUUUAACCAGGAAAAGAAUUCAACGAAGCUAAGGCUAAAGAAAUGUGUGAGUCGACUGCCACAGUCCGAGGUGGAAAGUUGGACGAAAUAAGAUUUACAAGAAAAGGCGAGCAUAUUUGUAAAAUGGCCUGUAAAAGUAUCGGUUUUAGCAUAUUAACAAUCAAACCGACAAUACUAAUGCUGGUAGACAAGUAUUGUACUAGGGAAGGAUUGAAGCCCGUAGCCUGCGUUUGCAAUCUGAAAGUUUUAUGCCGAGAAAAGAUAUAUCAUGCAUUUAUCACCGUAGUUCCGAAUAACGGUGGUGGAAUAGCGAUGUCGUUCUCGGAGGCGGGACAACCGCCGAAAUCGAAUUCGAUAGUUAAUCCGAAUGGUCCUCUGCACCUAGCCUGA